AUGUCUCAUCAGCCUACCGUCAACGACAAUGAUAUGAACGCUGAAAACAGUUCUCACACUCUGUAUCAACUUCUAGUCGACUGGUAUGGUACAACCCAUCUUAAUAGAUCUCUCUCGUCAACGCAACUAACAAACCAGUGGACUACAUUAUGGUUCGCCAAGCAUGAGCAGCAGAAGUUAGUAGAUCAAAAACUAAUGAAAUACCAUCCCGCUAUCGAAUAUUUCAUUGACUUUCAACCGACAACUCUAGAGGAAAAGAUGGCAAUGAUUAUACUCUACGAUCAAAUAACUCGGAAUAUAUUUCGAGGAACAGAAAGUGCUUAUAUAUACGAUGAUAUAGCUCGACGAAUUGUUUUAACCCUUGUGGAAACUAUUAAUCUUACUGGUCUACCAGUUCAAUUUCUAAUAACGAUUCUUAUUUGCUUAGUUCAUUCCGAACAAAUUGAACACCUAGAGAUCGCUCAAAGUCUAAUUCAACAAUAUUUAAUGAGGCAUCCAUCAAUUGAUUCAAAUCUUCUAGUGUCACUGCUUGGCAUAACAAAAAAUCAUUGUGACAGAAUACAAUUGUUCGGACGGAUUCCAGAAAGAAACCGCUUUAUUGGUCGACAAUCUACUGCGGCAGAGAUCUCAUUUAUGACAGCUGUGAAUACAGGAGACAUAUCUUAA